CCGCCUACGUCUCCGGAAGACGCUACGGUGUCUGCUAGGGCUCAAAAAGUGUUUGGCGUUCGCGGUCUUGCAGUCGUUCUCUUGUGCUUCUUCCACCAGUUCUUGCUCUUGCUGCAGAGCGCGCGGACUUGAAGAGGUCUGGCGCGGUUCUCCACGCUGCAGCAGUUUCGGAGCUCGGGACUCUAAAAUGGCCGAGGAGCUUUCUCCGGAAAAGUCGGCGGCCCAGGUAUGCACCUUCCUCUUCAAAAAGCCUGGGCGGAAAGGAGCUGCUGGCCGCAGAAAGCGACCACUGUGCGAGCCAGACCCUGAGGAAAGCGGCAGUAGCGGUGACGAAGGCAACACUGUGGUCCGACCGGAGAAGAAGCGGGCAAUCCACAAUCCAAUGAUACAGAGGACUCGAGGCAGCAUUAAUAAGAGGGCGGCCUACGGCGAUUUGAGCAGCGAGGAGGAAGAGGAGAAGGAGCCCGAGAGUCUCGGCGUGGUCUACAAGUCCACCCGCUCGGCGAAACCCGUGGGGCCAGAGGAUAUGGGGGCGACAGCUGUCUAUGAGCUGGACACAGAGAAGGAACGGGACGCACAAGCCAUUUUUGAGCGCAGCCAGAAGAUCCAGGAGGAGCUGAGGGGCAAAGAAGAUGAUAAGAUCUAUCGGGGAAUCAAUAAUUAUCAGAAAUACAUGAAACCCAAGGAUACGUCUAUGGGCAACGCUUCUUCCGGGAUGGUGAGGAAAGGCCCCAUCCGAGCACCUGAGCAUCUACGGGCCACAGUGCGCUGGGAUUACCAGCCUGACAUAUGUAAAGACUACAAGGAAACUGGCUUCUGCGGCUUCGGAGACAGCUGCAAAUUCCUCCAUGACCGUUCAGAUUACAAGCACGGGUGGCAAAUCGAACGUGAGCUUGACGAGGGUCGCUAUGGUGUCUAUGAGGAUGAAAACUAUGAAGUAGGAAGUGAUGAUGAGGAAAUACCAUUCAAGUGCUUCAUCUGUCGCCAGACCUUCCAAAACCCAGUUGUCACCAAGUGCAGGCAUUAUUUCUGCGAGAGCUGUGCACUGCAGCAUUUCCGCACCACCUCGCGCUGCUAUGUCUGUGACCAGCAGACCAAUGGCGUCUUUAAUCCAGCGAAAGAAUUGAUGGCUAAACUAGGAAAGCAUCGAGAUGCUGCAGAGGGUGGUGCUUCCGAUUUCCCAGAAGACCCUGAUGAGGCUCCAGUUCCCAUUACUUAGGUUUUCCAUAAUUCUGAAGUCUCAAAAUAAAUAUUUUGUUGUUUUUU